CGGUCGUCAGUAAACCAGCACGUGACGGCGUUCAUUUAAUGACUGUUUUGAGGGUAAAAGAGGGACAUCCUCACGCGUUUGUUGGCUUUAGAUUUAAAUGUCUACAUUCUAAACUAAUAGUUAAGACAAUGAGACGUUUGUCCUUUGCAGUGCUUCUUUUGUGGGCAACUAGAGCUACAGAGGGUAAAGCAGUGCCUUCUCUUCCUGAUUUUGGACAGACUUAUCACGUGAAAGGAGUGAUCUCUUUGCCAUAUGCUGAGAUCGUGGAGCCGUUCGAGGGCUGGUUCGACCUGACUGCAAAGUCUAGCCGAAUAGACUACUACAAUGGUCAGGUUUCCACCUACCAGCUGGGGUCGGAGCAGCAGUUCGGAGUGGCUUAUAAAAUCACUCCUGAGACCACAGAGGAAGAACUAAAUGUCAUGAAGUGCUUCCAGGUCAACGGAACGAAGGAUGAAGCGGUCAAACCGCAGCCGUCGUUGCCUGAUGUGCAGGGCUUCCAGUUCUUGAGGAUGGAGUAUUUUGGCGGCUCCCUGUGUGAGGUCUGGCAGAAUGUGACGACUGUGGGAAACAAGAAGAACACCUAUACGCUGUGGGUGGCUCAUCCAGAGAACGCCGCUGAUGCCGUUCCCCUCCACUAUGAGAUGAUGGGGUACAACACCCUGUUGGGGUCUCAUUAUGACAAAUAUCUGGUGGACUACAAGGAGUUCAGCACCCACCUGGAUCCUAAAGUCUUCUCUCUGCCUGAAGGAAUGAGCUGUGGAGGUUUCCCAGGUCCAGGAGUGGAGCACCACAUGCUGGCUAAUCCAAUGAAGGAUCUGAUCCACACCACCGCUUCUGGCCACUCACAGAAGAUGUUCGACCAUUUCACGGACAAGUUUCAGCGUCAGUACGACAACGAGAGGGAGCAUGAAGAAAGGGAGCACGCUUUUCUUCACAAUCUCCGGUAUGUCCACUCCAAGAACAGAGCGGGCCUGUCCUUUUCUCUGGCUCUGAACUCGCUGUCGGAUCGCACCACGUCAGAGCUGGCAGCCAUGAGGGGAAGAAAACGAGGCAGAACCCCAAACAAAGGGCUCCCUUUUCCUGUCAAACUGUACGAGGGGGUAAAGGUCCCCGAGUGGCUGGACUGGAGGCUGUACGGUGCCGUGACUCCAGUCAAAGACCAGGCCAUCUGUGGGUCCUGCUGGAGCUUCGCCACCACUGGAGCAGUAGAGGGCGCUCUUUUCCUGAAGACGGGCUCCCUGCAGGUCCUGUCCCAGCAGGUCCUGGUGGACUGUUCCUGGGGUUUUGGCAACAAUGGCUGUGAUGGAGGCGAGGAGUGGAGAGCGUACGAGUGGAUCAUGAAACACGGAGGCAUUGCCACAACAGAAACGUACGGCGCCUACAUGGGAAUGAACGGGCUUUGCCACGUGAACUCAUCCCAGCUGACCGCUCAUAUCAAAAGCUACACCAACGUUACGUCUGGCGACGCAGAGGCCCUCAAGCUGGCUCUGUUCAAAAAUGGGCCGGUGGCGGUCAGCAUCGACGCCUCACACAGGUCGUUUGUUUUCUACAGCCACGGCGUCUACUACGAGCCGGCGUGUGGUAACAAACCGGAUGAUUUGGACCAUGCUGUGCUUGCAGUGGGAUACGGGACCUUGAACGGGGAGCCUUACUGGUUGAUAAAGAACUCCUGGUCCACUUACUGGGGCAACGACGGCUACAUCCUCAUGUCUGUGAAGGACAACAACUGUGGCGUCUCGACCGAUGCCACGUACGUCACGCUAGCUUAGAUUUUUCACCCGAAGCCUCUCGGUGUGUGCCUGGAGCUGAGCGGAGGAGAGGCGAUGUGGCCUUAACGGUGCCGCGGUGAUUCGGUACAACUUGGACACAGAUUAAUCAAACAGCUUUGUUGCUGAAGGCGCCAUGCCUUCAUUUUAUUCAGAUGGGCUACGUUUUGACUCGCUACAAAAAUCUAUUGAACAUGAGGUUGUCACAAUAAAAAGGUAUAAAAGUC